AUGUCCUCGCACCGCCAUAAUACAGUGCAAUCAGUCUCAAGGGUAUAUGCCGAUGUCCUUUCCACCAAACCACAGUCCUACUGGGACUAUGAUGACCUUAACAUAAAAUGGAACCCGCAAGAAAAUUACGAGAUACUUAGAAAAUUGGGACGAGGCAAGUACUCCGAAGUCUUUUUGGGAAUAGACUUGGAAAAGAGAGAAAAGGUGGUUAUCAAAGUAUUGAAGCCAGUUAAACGGAAGAAAAUCAAAAGAGAAAUUUCCAUUUUGAAGAACUUGGUAGAUGGCCCUAAUAUUAUUGCGAUGUUGGAUGUGGUUAGAGAGCCGCAACUGAAAACACCAGGGCUUAUCUUUGAACAUAUUAAUAACAUCGACUUUAGGUCUUUGUACCCUACUUUUACUGACUACGAUAUAAGGUUUUACAUGUACGAAUUGUUGAAGGCAUUGGAUUAUUCACACUCAAUGGGAAUUAUGCAUAGAGACGUAAAACCACACAAUGUAAUGAUAGAUCACGAUAAAAAGUUGUUGAGAUUGAUUGAUUGGGGGUUGGCUGAGUACUAUCAUCCGGGAACAGAGUACAAUGUUCGUGUUGCUUCGCGCUAUUUUAAAGGCCCAGAGUUGCUAGUUGACUACAGAUUAUAUGAUUACUCCUUGGACAUGUGGUCGUUUGGGUGUAUGUUGGCGUCAAUGGUAUUUAUGAAGGAACCGUUCUUCCACGGCAAAUCAAAUACAGACCAAUUGGUACAGAUAGUUCGUGUUUUGGGCUCAAAAAAUUUCAAGAAAUACCUCGAAAAGUACAACAUAUCGUUGGGAGAGGAAUACGAAGAUAUAGGAUACUAUAAUAAAAGGCAAUGGGUAAGAUUCAUGAAUGAAAAUAACAAGGAUUUGGUUUCGCAAGAGUUCUUAGAUCUUAUUGACAGAUUGUUGAGAUACGACCACCAGGAGAGAUUGACAGCCAAAGAGGCCAUGAAGCAUGCGUAUUUCGACCCAAUUAGAGUAGCUGUUAGUUAG